GAACUAAUAUUUAGACUUUUAGUUAACCUCUGUUGUUGAUAUUUCAGUGAUUAUCAUUUUGUUUUUGUAAAGACAAUGUAAAGAAAAUGAUUAACUGUAGCAAUAGUUUGUUCUUAGUUUUUAGCACAGUAGUGUUUUUAUGUAGCUCUAAUGCAGAUACGUGUAUUAAUCACGAUCCGUGCCUUUGCCAAAUCAAUGAAAACGAUAAAAUAGACAUAUCAGCACUCUCAGAGGAUAUUAAGGCCCCAAAAUAUUUGAGCGAUACCGAUGGAAAAUUAACUUACACAUUUUUAGGUUGUAAAGAUCAGAACUUUCCGACAGAUAACAAAACAGUAACAUUAAGAGGAACUUUAAUAUUGACCAACCAAACUUUGAAGAAUAAUGUCUCUGUAAAUGACUAUACAGUUAUAGGAAGAUCUGAUUGGGCCCGAUUUAACAAAGACGAUGAUGGAUAUAUGCUGACAUAUGCCAAUUACUCUGAUCCUCUAGCUAUAAUAACACUACUGUGCAACAGAUAUAAAGAACCAUAUCUUAAGAUCACUGAUCUACAAAAACAGAGUUUAAUUUUAUCAUCUCCCAAGCUGUGCAUACAAACCGAAGAACAUGGGAUGAGCGGAGGUUCAAUUUUUCUGUUAAUUCUCUUUAUCGUUGCUGGUGUUUACUUUGUCGGUGGAGCUGCUCUGCUGUACUUCAUUAGAGGUGCUCGAGGCGUAGAAAUGAUCCCUAAUAUAGAUUUCUGGAGAAAUCUGCCAGGAUUGGUCAAGGAUGGAUUGAUAUUUUUGCUCUCAGGUUGUAAGCCUAAUUUUGUAACAACGGCAGAAACCUACGAUAGAAUAUAAUUAGUGUAAUUUUCGGUGUAAGGCUUGACUGAAUCGAUUGAAUCUUGUUAUAUUUUUGUUAAUGAACACAAAUGAAUGGUUGAGUAACUCAAUUAAAUAUGUAGCUUAUCUUUAUUUGCACUAUGGUACACUUUUUUAAGCAUAAUAUAUAUUUCAGAAGUUUCUACUCCAGUGUUUUUCGUAAGAAUGUUUACCGACUAAAACGUUUUGAUAUUCGAUGUUUAUAAAAUCGCGUGAUACUCAGAUUGCCUGAUUCUGUAUCAAAAUAUAAGAAGUGACUUAUUCAACUUACCGUUUGUGAUUUUUAAUUCAUUAGUUAUGUGUAAAUUUAAUGUAGAUAAUGAAACUUAAUAAAUGUGAUUU